AUGAUGACGAUGACGAUUGGGAGGGAAACCAAAGAAUCAAGAUUACCAGUUGCGGUACAUUCGUCUACACCUUCCGUUUCAUUCAAAUGGAAAAAAUUUUUUAUGGCAAUGAGACGCCAAAUUGCUGUUGCUGUGGUCGAUGCUGGUGGUGGCGGUAGCGGUGAUGCUGCCGUUGGUGGUAGUGGUAAUGGUGGUGAUGGUGAUGAUUGUGAUGGUGCUGUUGCUGUUCCUGGUAACUGCCGACGCUGA